AUGGCCGUGGGCAGUAGAGUGAUAGGCCGCGUGGGCCGACUGCUGGGGAGACACCAGGUGUCGGAAGAGGACUUCAUGAGAGAGUACCGGCAGCUGGAGCCGCAAGGAUUGCCUGGAGUGAAGAAGGAUGGCAAGUGGUGGCGGCAGGCCAUCACGGGCAAGGUGUACGUCCCGGAGCGACUGAGAGCGAAGGUGGUACUGAACUUCCACUAUGGCACCAGUGAACACCCGGGAGUGCUCAAGACGCGGAAGAGAGUAACCAGCAUGUUCUACUGGCCCGGGCUCGCAGAGGACGUUGCGAGAGUAGUAAGAGAAUGCCUGAUAUGUGCCCGGACUCGAACGAGAGCUCGGCUGACGCACAACGUGCCGAAGGGGAGUCUGGAGAAUCCGAGCGCGAUGGGCACUGUAAGCCUGGAUCACGUAGGACCCAUGCAGCUAGAUGGGCAGAAUUGGUGGCUCCUAGUUGCAAUGGACCACGCGACGCUGUACAUACGAGGCCUUAUUCGGAAGACCACCGUACUUCGCGCGGUUGCAAGAGGUAACCAGCACAAUGACAGAGGAGCAGAGGAAACAGAGCCUGGCGGCACAAAUGCGUGA